AUGGCCUUUCAGGCUCCCUUCGAAACUCUCAAAUCGCACACGGAGCCCGUCUACCGAUGUUCAUGGCCCAUUCAAGUAGUAUCGAGAGAAAGAGAAUUGGAUCUCACGCAAUGCUUUGAGCAUGCCGUCUUACUCCCUGCUCCCCUCGUCAUAGCCAUCUUGAUUGGAACAGCUCAGAUCUUCAGAAUAUCGAGGAGACUGAAGAAACCUCAAGAACAAGGUGGUCUGAUAUGGCAGAAUAGAACCAAGAGGAAUGAGAGGAUAAGCACUCUCAAACUGCACCUCCUCUCAGCAUCGGCUGUCUUUGCCUUAGUGUCUCUUGGACUCUCCUUCGCUCAUAUCCAACAGCAUAUUCUAUCGACUGUUCACUAUGCCCUACUCCUCCUUACCACCGUCACCUUCAUCCACCUGACCUAUCUCAACCAUCAUACCUCUCGAACAUCCUCGUCUCUGAUACUCCUAUUCUGGCCAGCGUACUUGCUCAUUUUCUUCGUCCGACUUCGAACGAUGAUCAUCACCGGUGAUCUCAGUGGAUCACUCACUCAUACAUUGCCUGGAAGAUGUAUACUCGCAAGAGAAUCAUUCUGGUUCCUCAGUAUCGUAGCGGGCAUGAACGAUUUCAUCUUCGAGUUAUAUUCACCCGAAAAACGAUGGAAGAAAUUCCGAGCCCCGUGGUCGAAGAAAGGCAAGAUUGCUCUUGACGAAGAUGAAGAGGAAGAUGAAGAAGCCUUGAAUGGUGUGGAUGCCAUCGAUGGAGUAGGAUUCGCCAAAAAUGAACAUGGAGAUAUUGAAAGUCCAGUCUCCACUGCGAACAUCUACGAGAAAUUGACUUUCUCAUGGUUGACUCCAUUGCUUUCUUUGGGAACCAGGAAAUUCUUAGGUGAAGAAGAUAUGUGGGCAUUGCCUUCUGAUGAUUCUGCUGAAUCGUUAUCUCAAAGGUUGAUAGGUUCAUGGGAAAAACAAGUCAAGAUGGUGAAAGAUGGUAAAAAGAAGAAACCUUCAUUGACUUUUGCAAUCGUAAAGGCAUUUGGUACACCUUACGUGCUCGCCGGUUUAUUUAAAGGUUGUUACGAUAUACUCAAUUUCCUUCAACCUCAAUUACUUAGAUUGUUACUCAGUUUCGUCUCGAGUUACGGCACCGAUCAUCCUCAACCGCCCAUAGCUGGUUUCGCGAUCAGUAUCUUGAUGUUCAUCAGUGCGAACGUCGCUACGGCGAUCUUACACCAAUAUUUCCAAAGAUGUUUCGAAACUACGAUGCGAAUAAGAGGUGGUCUGGUUACUCUCAUCUACCGAAAAUCUCUGGUACUCAGUAACGGCGAGAAAUCAGGCAGAACAACUGGUGAUAUAGUCAAUCUACAAAGUGUCGAUGCGGUCAGGAUUGGUGAUGUCUGUCAAUACGGUCAUAUCGCCUGGUCUGGUCCUUUCCAGAUCGUUAUUGCCUUCAUUUCUCUGUAUAGAUUGGUGGGCUGGCAAGCAUUCAUGGGUGUUGCAGUCAUGAUUAUCAGUCUUCCUGCCAACACAAUCUUGAAUCGAAUCAAUAAGCGAUAUCAGAGACAGAUGAUGAAGAUCAAAGAUACCCGUACGAGAACAAUGAACGAGAUCUUGAACAACAUCAAGUCUAUCAAGUUGUAUGGAUGGGAAAAAUCCUUCGCCGAUAAGAUUUACGAUAUAAGGAACAAUCAAGAAUUGAAGAUGCUCAAGAGAAUCGGUAUCAACUUCGCAUUCGUCAACUUCAUCUGGCAAGGAACACCUUUCCUCGUCGCUUUCUCGACUUUUGCGACUUUCGCAUUCACUAGUGGCAGGCCUUUGACAAGUGAAAUCAUCUUCCCUGCUAUCUCAUUAUUCCAACUUCUCUCUUUCCCCAUGGCGAUGUUCGCCAACAUCAUCAACAGUAUCAUCGAGGCUUCGGUGUCUUUGGGUAGAUUAGAAGAUUUCUUAUCCGGUGAAGAGCUCGAUCCAGAUGCUAGAACCGUAAUAAGACCCUCUGACGACCCUCAAGGUGGACCCAAGAAUGGUGAUAUCGUAGUAUCAAUCAAGAAUGGAGAGUUCAAAUGGCUUGCUGGUGCUGAACAACCUACACUUGAAAAUAUCGAUCUGGAAGUCAAGAAAGGCGAAUUGUUCGCUAUCAUCGGUAGAGUUGGAGAUGGUAAAUCGUCGUUGUUAGGCUCGAUGCUGGGUGAAAUGACACGAUCAGAUGGUUCAGUCACUAUUCGAGGUGAAAUUGCUUAUUUCAGUCAGAAUUCUUGGAUCUUAUCUGCGACAGUGAAGGAUAAUAUCGUUUUCGGUCAUCGAUUCGACCCUGAUUUCUACCAAGAAGUACUGGAUGCCUGUGCUCUUCGACAAGAUUUGGCGGUCUUGCCCAGUGGAGAUAUGACUGAAGUCGGUGAAAAGGGUGUUUCUCUCUCUGGUGGUCAAAAAGCUCGUAUCAGUUUAGCUAGAGCUGUCUACGCUCGAGCCGAUAUCUACUUGCUCGAUGAUCCACUUGCCGCUGUGGACUCCCACGUCGGACGGCACAUCUUCGAUAAAGUGAUUGGUCCGAAUGGUUUACUCAAAGGCAAAGCUCGUAUCCUUUGUACCAACGCUGUCACUUUCCUUCCCCAAGCCGAUCAGAUCAUCAUGCUCCGACGAGGUAUCAUCUUGGAAAGAGGACAAUACGACGAAGCUAUGAACAACCCUUCAUCGGAACUGUACAAACUCAUAACUGGAUUAGGUAAACAAUCCGCCAAAAAUGAAGAAGGUUCUGACGGUUCAACAACGCCUACAGCCAUUGAAGAAGAUAACGAUGAGUCAUCGAUCAAUGAGAAGGAAGAAGAAGCUUCGAUUGAUGAUUCAGCUUCAUUGAGAAAACGAAAGGCCUAUCGAAGAAUGUCGACUGCCAAUAUGAGAAGGUCUUCCGUGGUUUCCAUCAGACAAGCUAAGCGAGAUGCUAUUAGGGAUUUAAGGGAAUCUGCCAAACCUAAAGAACACAGCGAGAAAGGAAAUGUUAAGAGAGAAGUAUACAGAGAUUAUAUCUCAGCUGCAUCAAAGAUCGGUGUUGCCGUUUUCUUAUUAGCAAUGUUAGCAGGUCAAGGUUUAGGGAUCUUAUCGAACUUCGUUUUGAGAUCUUGGGCAUCGAGAAAUACUGGUGCUAGUGAUACCACCGACGUUGUUCGAUACCUCACGAUAUACGGUGUAGUAGGAUUAUCAGGAUCGAUACUUAACGUUGUAUCUUUCGCCACGCUCAAAUUAGUCAUUGCGUUGAAUUCAGGAAGGAAAUUACAUGAUAGAGCUUUUGGAUCUUUGAUGAGAAGUCCAUUGAGCUUCUUCGAACUUACCCCAACCGGUAGAAUAUUGAAUUUGUUCUCGAGGGAUAUAUUCGUCAUUGAUGAAGUUCUCAUUUUCGCUUUGGGUUCGUUCUUCAGAACAACCACGCAAGUUGUUGGAACCGUCGCUGUCAUCGCGUAUGGUGCUCCAUUCGUUCUCCUUGUAUUCGUUCCAUUAGGUUUCCUCUACAGGAUGGUCAUGAGGUAUUACCUCGCGACUUCACGAGAGUUGAAACGACUCGAUGCUGUUUCUCGAUCACCUAUUUUCUCAUUCUUCGGAGAAACUCUAUCUGGUUUACCCGUCAUUCGAGGAUAUGGUCAAAAAUCACGAUUCAUCGCCAAUAACGAAGCUCGUAUCGAUCGAAAUCAAGCUUGUUAUAUGCCCGCUAUGACCAUCAACAGAUGGUUAGCUGUCAGACUUGAAUUCUUAGGGAGUUGCUUGAUGUUCUCAACUGCCCUUGUAUCCGUCGCUGCUUUGAUCAACUAUAAUUCGGUGGACGCGGGAUUGGUCGGACUGCUGAUGUCUUACACUAUCAGUGUCACUGGUACUCUGAAUUGGCUCGUCAGAAGUGCUUCUGAAGUGGAACAGAAUAUCGUCUCUGUCGAACGUGUCCUUGGAUAUGCAAACUUACCAAGCGAAGCUGCGGACUUUAUCGAAGAUAAGAAACCUUCAUCUCAAUGGCCGGAGCAAGGGUCAAUUGAAUUCGAUAAUUUCUCCAUGCGAUACCGACCUGAACUCGAGCUCUGUCUACGAGACGUAAGUUUCAAGAUCAAUGGUGGUGAGCGAGUAGGAGUUGUGGGUCGUACGGGAGCAGGAAAGUCUUCCUUGACCUUAGCUUUGUUCCGAAUACUCGAAGCUGCGGGCGGUCGGAUCUUGAUUGAUGGGAUUGAUAUUUCCACGAUCGGUUUACACGAUUUGAGAAGUGUCGUGUCGAUCAUUCCUCAAGAUCCUCAACUGUUUGAAGGUAGUUUAAGGAACAACAUCGAUCCUACCAACGUAUCAUCCGACGCUGAUAUCUGGCAAGCACUCGGUCAAGCACACUUGAAAGAUCAUAUCACCAAUAAUAUGGGUGGUUCGUUGGAUGCUGAGAUCACUGAGGGUGGAAGUAAUUUGAGUGCAGGCCAAAGGCAGUUGGUCUGCUUCGCACGAGCCUUACUUCGAAAGACCAAAAUUCUUGUAUUGGACGAAGCUACAAGUUCCAUCGAUCUCGAGACGGAUGAGGCCGUACAAGAUAUUUUGAGAGGACCGGACUUCAAGGGAGUAACCACGAUCACUAUCGCACAUCGUAUCAAUACGAUCUUGGACUCCGAUCGAGUACUCGUAAUGUCAGAAGGCCGAGUGGCCGAAUACGAUACACCUGAAGUAUUGAUAGAGAGGGACACGUCGCUGUUCGCUGCUUUAGUCAAAGAAGCUGGAUUGUCGCAGGGUAAUGGUACUUCCACGGCUGCUUCGAAGAAUGCUAGUAGAGCGGGGUCCAUAAAGGGGAAAGAUUAA